AUGGAAGCAUCAACCAGCACCCACGAAAACAUCUCCAACCCACCCAUCUCUCACCUCGCAACCCAAGAUGACGCCAUGAAGACCGCGACCACCUCAGAGAAACCCGUCAAGCGCAUCAUCCCCGAGAAAAUCGCAGAGGUCGGCGGGUGGAAGGCCGAACCCGAAGGCGAAGUCGCCGAUGAGGAAGACAAUGCAGAUAUGGCUACUGAUGGCGCAAAGAGCGGUUGA